AUGAAUGGAAAUGGUCUUGGUGGCAGGGGUUUCUCUCAGAAAAAACGAAAGUUUUUGGAUCAUUAUUCAUCAAACUUUAUUAAACCGAGUAAAUAUUUAAUUCUCUCUCAAGAAAAUCUUUGCUCUGAUAAACAGCAGGAUGACAAAAAUUCACACUUUCGAGAAACAAGAAUUAUUCCAGAGAGAAAUAAUUACAAUAUUCAUUCCCAUAGCCAAAUAGUUGAUGAUUGUUGGCAGAUUAUUUUUGAUUUUGUGGAAAAGAUUGAAGAUAGGAAGAGUAUGAUUCUUGUGUGUAAACAUUGGGCCAACAUGUUUAUGCAACCAUUUAUUGGAUAUUGUUAUGAGAUUUAUGAUGAAAAUAGACAUUUGAAUGGAUUGACAGAAUAUGUCGAAGAGAAUGGAGAAGAUGGAUUUGUUUGUGAGGGAGGAAUGUUUUUUACUGAAAUGGCAACUUGGAAGGAACCUCUUUGCUAUGAUAGUCUGGAAGAGGAGGAAUACUCUGGAUUUAAUUGGGAUAGAAUUCCAGAAAAUCAAGUGGAAUUUGAAGGAUCUUCUUAUAGACAACGAAUUCUUCCAUUUGGGGUUCCUCUAUGUAAGGAAACAAUAUCAGAUCAAUAUGAAUUGGUUUCUAGUGAAAUUGAUUCAAGUACUUAUAGGAAUAUGGUAGAAAAAUUUAUGGGAAUUCCAAAAUCUGAACAGGGAGCAUUAUCUCUAAAACCUUUCGAAUUGUACGAACAAAUUGAACAUGAAAAACAAAUGGUUUACUCAUACAUUCAUGAAAUUCAAAAAUCCCUAGAUUUUGAUGCUGGCAAUGCAAUUUAUGCAGAAGGUAAGGUGAUGUAUAAUGAUGAUGAUUUUUAUGAUUCUUCACAGAAUGAUCCAGAGUUUAUAUUUUACGCACUUCGAUCUGGAAUUCAAAGAUUGGCCAGAAAAGCAGGUGUCAAAUACUUUGAACCUGCUGUGAUUGAGGAUUAUCUUUAUGAAUUGAAGAGGGUAAUUCAUUUGGUGCUUGAGAAUGCAUACGAGAGAAAGUUUUCAAGAAAGACUGCGAAUUUGGUAUUUGAGGAGUCAUCUGAACAAUAUGAACAGUGUUAUAUCGAUCCAUGUGAUGCCUAUCUGCCAACAUGUGAUGACAAUCUUGAUACAGAUCUAAAAUUGGAUCAUACGGAAAUAUUGGAAUCAUUUGAGAGAAUUACUGGAAUGAAAAUGUUUUAUCAACCAAUCAAAGAUCCUUAUAACUUGAACGAUACAGAUCUCAAGCAAUACUUUGCAUUAGAGAAUGGUACUGAAACAGUUUCUGAAUUGCAACCAAAAGAAGAGUUUAAAUUUAAAGAGCCAACCAUUUUCAGCAAUGAAUCUAUCCCCGAUAUUCUGAAUGAAUCUCAAAUAGAUGAAGAUCUCACUUCAGAGGAGAGUGAAGAUGAUUCAACUUUACAAACAAUUGCAAAUGACAACUUUAUAGAUGACAGCGAACUAUACCAUGUCGAUUUGGAUAAUUUAGGAGAUUCCCUUCAAGAUCAAUUACUGAAAGUGUCAAUUCGUGUCCAUGAAGAAGUCUACGGAAAGGAAAGAGCUCACAAAGAAAAGCUCUAUCUCAAAAAUUGGUACGGCUGUAGUGAAUUGUUUUACGAGAAUUGUUCCAAGGAAUUGGAUAAUCCACCUUCCAUGCAAUUCACCCCAAUUGAAGAAGAUGCAAUUUCUGAAUCAAAUGAAGAUGGUAUUGAUGAAGAGGAAGAGGAAGAGAAACGAACACGAGGAAUACAAACUAAAUUUUCUUCAUUGGAUUUUGAAGAGGAAUCUGAAGUUUCUAUUGAUGGAGAGUUUGAUGUUAAAGAACAAGAUACUAUUGAAAGAGUUAAUGAGGAAGAUUUGGAAUAUUUUGGCUAUGCUCUCUAUGAAGAUGAUUUCGAUGAAUUUCCAAUAUUCAGUGACCAAGAUGAUUCAGAAGAAACUUUGGAACAGUCCUCUGAGGAGGAAUCUCUUCGAUAUCAUUUAAGAAGAAUGCUAAGGGAACAAUCUUAUGAAUGCAUUGUUAAUUAUAACCAAUGA